AUGGAUGUCUUUCAGAGAAAGAAACUUAAUGAAAUCAACUUUACUUGCGAAGAGAUUCCGUUUACAGAAGAAAUAGAACUUUCAAAGGGAGCGGUAGGAGAUGGAGACAAACCAGAACAAGAGACGGUGGAAAUUUCUGUUCAUGAUCAAAUUAAAGAGAUACUAGAAGCAAUUAAAGCAGACGAUUACAGUUUUGAGAAGCGCAUGAAAAUCAAGUACAUCAAAAGAUUUGGCCGCUGCUGGGUUGUUAACAACAACAGAAAGCUCUUCAUUGCCAAGUAUUUGAACAAGUACUUUGGCGUGAAUCUAUCCCACCUGCUCGUAGACCGGACCGGCCGGUACGAACUCAGCGAGGUCGAGCAAACUCAAAUCAUGCGCAUGAUCUAUCUCCACGACGAGGGAAAGAUCUUCCCGAAAAACUUCUUUCCCGAGGUCGAAUAUGAAAAGAGCGAGGAUCGAUUUUUGUGCGAAAAGAAUAUGUUCAAGUUCCGACAGCAAUACAGAGAGGAGAAAAAGCAAGAAAUUCCAUCUUGGCGAGCAUGGCUUACUGUCGAGAACUUGACUGCCAAUUACCCUGUCUUUAUCUUUAUCACUGUCGGCAUUGCCAUUCUCAUGCAGAUUGGCUUUAUCAUGGUCUCUCCUGCCCAGUAA